UUGGUUUGAAACCGUUUGGGAGCGCUAAGCAGCAACAAGUGAAUAGAGCAGUAGCACACAAUCUCAGUUUCAGAUAACAGUGCAACAACAGUUUAAUAUUUAUUCAUGAAUUUUACUUAAACCCACAAUAACAAGUAUUUAUUUUAAAGAGAUAUUAUUUACAUGAGUACCUUAUAUAAACCCAUCGCGCUAAAAACACAAGGAGUGUGUUGUUUCUGCGAAUAUCUGUGAAUGAUUUCUGCUAACUGGAGCAUCAUGAAUAAUCAAGAUGAUUCCUCAAGGGCUCUGGACUCUGAAUUUGAUCAUUAUCUUGUUGAUAUGAAGCCGUAUGUGCUGAAACUGCCACAUAAGACAGAGCGCCAGCUAUGUGCGCUGUGGAUUAAGAAGCUUUGUGACCCUGUAACCUAUGGCUCUGGACUGACUGGAAGGAAAAAUCGUAACAUGUAUGCCCGCCUUCUUCUGCACAUGCUCAGAACAGGGGUUUUGGAGGGCCCCUUUACCAACAAACCUGAACCUGGCAGCCUCAAGACUUUACCCACAUACAUGUCUAUCUACUUUGAUGAACCAUUGGUGAGAAAGUCACGGGAGUGGAGCUCUGCAGAGCUGCCGGACUGGGUGUGUGGUGAAUUGGGUCAAGCAGACGCCACAUGGUUCACAUCACCACUCUCAAACGCACAAAGGAAGAAGGAAUUGUUUUAUGAGAAGUCUCCGGCCAAACCCUUUGCCUCCAGUCCACUCAAACACAUGGAGAAGAGCCAUAUUAAGAUGGCGGAGGAGACACACAGUGGGCUGCCCAUUUCUUCUGAUGAUAGUGACUUUGAGACCCGCUUCAACAGCUGGAACCUGGGGAUUGAAAACCCCAGGUAUCUGCGUGAGAACCCUGUUCCUCUUUCUCCGAUUUACAACAAGUCCAGCACGGUUCUUGAGGAGACUGGCCCGGUGAAAUCUGAUAAAGAGAUUGAGCUGAGAACCAAAGUCCUGGAGGCCAAACAUCAGGAAGAGAUGCUGAGGAUGCAACAGAAGCAUGAUGCAGAGAUUCAGAAGGUUUUAGACCGAAAGAAUAGUGAGAUUGAUGAGCUGAAAAGCUUGUAUCGGGGGAAGCAGAAAGAGGUGGAGGAGACCGUUCGAAGGCUGGAAAACAGAGUUCAAAGCCUGCUGAGGGAGUCCCAGGUCAUCCGGCAGACCAAAGAGAAACAGAUCAGCGAGCUGAAAAAAAUGUCUGAUCAAAGUGCUGAAUCUCUGAAAAACGAAUGGGAAAAGAAGUUGCAUGCAGCAGUGGCAGAGAUGGAGCAGGAGAAGUUUGAGCUGCAGAAAAAACACACACAAAACAUCCAGGAUCUGCUGGAGGACACAAACCAACGACUGGCUAAGAUGGAGGAGGAGUACAACACUCAGACUCUGUCCACCGAGCAGAUGGUAAAGGAGUUGGAGACACGAGUGAAGCAGCUUUCUGCGGAGGUGGAGACCGGGAACUUGCUCCGGCAGAAGGUCACACAGGAGAAAGCUGAACUAGAGGUCCAUAUAGCCUCCAUCAGCUCUGAGCUGCAAGAGGCCAACCACAGGAACGUUUCCAUUCAGAAGGACAUUGAGCAGAUGAGAGAUCAUCAUGCAGACACGCUGCAGAAACUUGAGAAAAAACAUGCGGCUGACAUGAGUCACUUUCAGCAGGAGCAUGCCAUAUCUAUAUCCAAGUCUUCAGAGGUAAUGGAGGAUUUGGAGCAGACUGUGGCUUGCCUCAAACAACAGAUACAGGAAGCUGAAAAGAAGAAUCAAAAACAGCUCAAGGACAAGGAAACUAAGAUGCAACAGGAGAUGACAUACCUCCAACUCAGCAGCGAUAAAAAGCUGCAGAUACUUCAGGCUGAGCUGGAGAAAGAACGAGCCGAUAGCAGAAAGAAGAUCAGCAGCAUGGAGGACUCCCUCAGGGAUAAAGAGGAGCAGCUGGUUCGUCUUCGGGACAGUCAGAGACAGCAGGCCCAGCAGACUGAGUCCGCUCUGGAGAACUUUAAGAGACAGGUGGAACUCAGUGCACAUAAGACCUACGCUGAUAUGAAACAACAGAUGGAGAUAGUGGAGGCAGAUCUGAUUCGCUCUAAAUCACUACGAGAGAAACAGUCCAGAGAAUUCAGCCACCAGUUUGAGGAACUUCAGAAAAGACACGAGCAACAGAUCGUGGAACUGAAACUGCAGCACGAACAGGAGCGAACGCACCAACUCCAGACGCACAAUGCCGAAAAGGACAGCCUGGUCCAGGAUCACCGGCGGGAAAUCGACAGUCUGGAGAAGCAGGCGAGGGCCGCCAUCGUCCAGCAGCAAGCACAGACCCAAGAAUGGAGUAAGCGCGAUGCUCAGACCAUCUCUGAGCUCAAGGCCCAGGUGCAUUCCUUAAGGAAUGAGCUGUUAGCGGCUCACAGUCAGAAGAAACAGCAGCUGAUGGAGUUGGGCCUGCUGAUGGAAGAGGAGCGUCAACGGGCCGCUCAGGACCAGCAGGUGGCUUUGGAGCGGCUGCGAUCUGAGAUGGAUCAGGUGCGACUGGACCUGGAGAAGACCCACAAGGCUGAAAGAGAGCUGACCCAAGAAAAGGUUUCGAGUAAACUCAAAAUGUUCAAGCGGCAAACUAGACAGGUUUUGGCACUUUUGAUUAUGUUCACACAGGUUGUCGCUGAACUGCAGACAUCUCUCAGCAGCACAAAGGAAGAGAGUCGCAAAACGCAGCAGUUUCUGGAGAGAGAGUUAGAAGAAACCCAAAGACGCUGGGAUGAGGAGAGGAAACAGCUCAACAGAGAUGCUGACCAAAACAGUAAGGUUCUUCAGGAACGCGUGGAGACUCUACAGAAACACCUUCACACCGCUGAGAAGAAGUUGAUGAGCCGAGAGCUUGAACACCAGGAACAGAUGACACAUGUUCGUCAGGAGUGCGAGCAGAAGAUCAAAGGACUGAUGCCUGCUGAACUUAGACAGGAGCUGGAGGACACCAUUACCUCCCUUAAAUCCCAGGUCAACUUCCUCCAGAAGAGAGCCGCUGUUAUACAGGAGGAACUGGACACUUGCCGCAUCAGGAGAUACAUGAAGAGAUAAAAGAACCUUCACCCCAACCCCAUACCCGACUACUGGCAAAGGAGAUGAAACUCAUUAUUACACCACUGUUCACUUUCAUGGACAAAAGGGGAUUAGAGAGAGCACCAGACAUUGGUUCUGUAUAUUGUUUGACUUUAAAGUCAUGCGCAAAAUGGGAUUAAAAACAUGAGAAAAAUGAUAACAAAUAACCCCCCAGAAGACUAAACCAGCUUCAAAUACACUUGGAUACCUUUGUAUUUCCAUCAAUGUCCCACGGCAGCUAUCAGCUUAAAGGCCAUUCCAGGACCAAAUAAAAGUUUAUUUUCUUCAAAUGUCAAAAUUUUUACUGAAUCUUUUAAUGUGGCCGUAACAAUUCAAUUUCAAUUUUGCUGACAAUGACCCUUACAUUACGGUUUCUUCAUUUUGGGGCAUCUAGUUUUUCCAUGUUUUGGUCGGCAAACACUUAAAGGAAUAUGUUUUGCAUAUGUCAUACUGUUUGAUUUAUUAUUAUUAUUAUUAUUUCAGCUUGUGUCUAUCCCGUCACCUUCUGUCAUAUGCACAUACUCAUGUUCCAUAUACACAGAAUGGACAUUCACACGUUUCUCCUGAUGGUUGUCUGAGAUAACUGCCAUAAGCCUCCUACUUGCUUUCAUUUUCUAUUGUUCUCUCUAAAGUCUUUGCUCUGCUUGUGAUGAAGGGAUAAUGACUUCAAAGCAAACUGUUGAGAGUUUAACCCCGAGCUGAAAGAGCAGGCAGACAAUACAGUCAUUCAGAGCAUUUAGUGAUCACAGGCUUCACUGAGGACGAGCAGACCCACCCACUUUAACUGAAAUUGACAAUAUUAACAUAUUGCUUAUCCACAUACAAAAUAUCAUUUCCACUUUUUUUUGAAAAAGUCAUUUUUGAGAUACUGUUACCACAUUUAAUGCAUGUUUCCAUUAAACUGCUUUAAAGGGGACAUAUCAUGAAAAUCUGACUUUUUCCAUGUUUAAGUGCUAUAGUUGGGUCGCCUGUUGUUCUAUCAACCUAGAAAAUGUGAAAAAGAACAACCCAGUAAAUUAGUUUUGAUAAACCAUUUUCUGCCAGCAUGUGAAAAAAUAGCUCAUUGAAAUUUGGCUCCCCUUGUGAUGUCAGAAGGUGAUAAUACAGUCACUUAAACUUCACUACCCAACCACGGCACUGCCAUUUGCAUUUAAAAAGACACACCCAAAAACAGGACAUUUUUGCUCACGCCUACAAAGUGGCAAUUUGAACAUGCUAUAAUAAUUUAUCUGUAUCUAGAACUUCACAUACAUACUUCGGGGACACCAAAUAUUAAUUUUACAUCUUAAAAAAAAUGUCUUGUGAAAUGUCCCCUUUAAUGAAAAAAAAAAUCAAAAGUUUUUGUUUUCUAUCAAUUGCUUUGAAAUCACAUAUAAAAACAUAAAAUACACACACAAAAGAAAACGGUUUUGAUGAGUGUAAGGUGUAUGCAGUAUGAAUUGCUAUGGAUAGCAUAAAUAUUCAGGUUUGAAUAUACUGCAUUUGUGUAAAGCAUUGAUACAUGUCAUGCUCAUUAAUGCUGUUCUAUUAUAACGAGACAUAAAUGAAAUAGUAGUAAAU